UGACAAUAAUAACAAUAAUAAUAGACUCGUCUAGUUUCUUCCGCUCUCUACCACCACCAAGCUUCUCGACAGAAUCACUCUGGCCGCCGUAACGGUUGCCGGAGCUGCUUCUCCCACCACCACAUGUUCACUCUCCGACCACCGUCUUAUUUGGCAAUUACCCAUUGAUUAUGGCUAAUGUUUGAUUCCAUUCCAAUUCUUUAUAUAUUCUUCAACUUAUUCUUCUAAUUUUUGUUCCAUAUAUAUACAAAAGAUUGAAUCUUUUUUGUGGGUUUUUAGUAUCUGAUUCUAUCUCUCAAGGGUUUUCAAGAACAUGCCGAUUUUUUGUUGUUUUACUCCAUUGGCAGGAAAGAGCAAGAAAGUUAAGGAAGAAAAGGAUGAUAACAUUUUGCAAGUGGGAUUACAACACUUUGAAAAACCUCCAGAUAAAGUUGACCCAAAGUCAAAGUCAAAGUCAACAUUCAAUGUAAAUGUCAAGGUGGUCAGCCAUGUAAGUCCUGUAAAACCUCAAGUCGAAGAAAACGAAGAUACAGCAUACGAAGCAGAAGACGAACACGAAAGAGAUAACCGUUCCAAAUCUAAACUCCAAUUUUCUAUCGAUAAAAUGCCGAUUCUAGAACAAGAAGAAGACAAACACACAAAUCUCAUCGAUCAUCAUAACUAUUGUUCGGAUGCAGAAAUGUGCAACGAUGGCCAUUUAAGUGACCCCGGUGCUUCAAAGAAGGCCUUUUUAUCUUCCCCGAAGCUAAAACGAUCUUGUUCUAAUCUUGAAACGAAACGGGUCGUGCUAAAAGACAAAUUUGCCCCUAAUGAAUCGUUCGAAGAUUUGCAGAAAUUAGCGGUAGAUGGUUUUAUGAGUCCUGUAUCUGUAACAAGUAAUUGUAGUGCGGAUAGAGUGAUUCUACGAAAGCAUUCUUCAAGUCAAAUCUUGCCGUCAAAAAGCCGAAAACUUUGGUGGAAGUUAUUCUUGUGGAGUCAUAGAAACGUACACGAACCUAUUAAACAGGUUCAAAAUAAGCUUCUUGUAAUCAAUCAACAAGGUGGGUACUGUUCAGAUACUCUAGAACCAAACAGACGACUCGAGGAGUCAAAGUCAAAGUCAAAAGCAGAAAAAGUCAACAAAGGAGAUCGAAGAUGGGAUUCGUUUCGUCAAGAAUCGGAUUUCUGGCCGCAGAAUCAAUGGAUGGCUUUUCCAGCUGGAUCACCGUUGACAAGAGUAGAUGAAUGGGUUCAAGAUAUUCCAACCGAGCCUGUUUUAACAAGCGGUCAUGUAAAGGACUGUGAAAUUACGUUUCCGCCCUCGCCAGAAAACAGUAAACCGCCAGCCGGAAACACCAACGAUCUACCUGAAGAGAUUGCGUACGCAAACAUGGUGAUACAGUCUUUAAAUUCUUCUUCAACGGUUGCUUACAUUUCUGGUAUCGGACUAAAGGUUAUUCCUGUAAUUUCGGGCUUUUUAAGUCUUCGAUCAGUCAACUUAUCUGGAAAUUCAAUAGCGAAUAUAACGCCAGGAUCAUUGCCAAAGGGUCUUCAUGUUCUUAAUUUAUCAAGAAACAAGAUUAGUGUUAUUGAAGGCCUUAGGGAACUCACACGGAUACGGAUUCUUGACCUAAGUUACAACCGGAUAUCGAGAAUCGGGCAGGGGUUAUCCAAUUGUACCCUGAUUAAGGAGUUAUACUUAGCCGGAAACAAAAUUAGCAAUGUUGAGGGACUACACAGGCUGCUAAAGCUAAUAAUCUUGGACCUAAGUUUCAACAAAAUUACGACAACAAAAGCGCUCGGACAAUUAGUCGCUAAUUACAACUCGUUACAAGCUUUAAACUUGCUAGGCAACCCAAUUCAAAGCAACAUCAACGAUGAUCAAAUCCGAAAAACACUUUGCGGCCUUCUUCCAAAACUAGCGUACUUGAACAAACAACCCGUGAACCCACAAAAGGCUCGGGAAGUUGUUAAAGAAGCCGUUACAAAAGCCGCACACGGGAAUGGGAAUUUGAGUACUCGGAGAAGGUCGGUUAAGAGGGUCGGGAAUGGCGGAUCGUCUUCGUAUAGUCGGCAUCAAGGUGGUCAGAAAGGGAGUGGGAGGCAUGUGAUUAAACCCAGGAAUCACCAUAGGUCUACCAAGGGUUUGUAGAUUGAUCAUGGUUUUUUUUUUUUUUUUUGGUUAUGUUUAUUUAAUUUGGAUUGUGAAAUGUAAUAAAUCAUUUUUGUGUUGAUAAAUAAUUUGAGAUUGAUUUUUUUA